AUGCUUUUGCCCGAUCUGGAAUCGAACCACUGUACAGCACUUCCCCUCUUGAUUGAUAGCGAAUUGAACAUGAGUCUGGAAUUUCCAUUCCUUGCUAGGUUCGCAUACUGCCAAUAUGUUGCAGACCGAGACUACUUGUGCAAUUCCCUUAUGAUCUUCGAAUCACUCAGUCUGUCUGGAAGUCAGGCGGACUUCCUGUUGAUAUGUCCUCAGCACUGGAACUUGGAUUGGAGCUCUAUAGUAGGACAUUGGUUGCGGAAAGCAAGACAAGAGUAUGGUGUGAAGCUAGCUCCCAUCCAGCUUCUCGAUUUCAAUCAGACGCAAUAUGAGAGAAUCAUAAGUCUCGACUCGGACGCUAACGUUUUUGGAGUAUGUCUCUCAUAUCAGAUUGCAGUGAUAGAGCCCUCUGAAUACCAGUUUGAGCGUAUUCUCCGAGCUUUCAGACGUCGACAGGAGUCUGACUUCGACAUGGAAAUCGUCAACGAUCUCUAUGCCCGAGACUGCGUCAUCAUUCCUCAUAGAACUUAUGACCUUCUUACGGGCGAAUUUCGCAAGAAGGAUCACCAUAGGCAUCUAGGGUCGACGGUGGAAAAAUGGGAUGCAAAAAAGAUCUUGGCAGAGGCCAAGUAUGUACACUUUUUUGACUGGCCAUAUCCUAAAUCGUGGCUCCCAAACUCGGAAGUGAAGAGACUGGAACUACAAUCGGACUGCGACGGCGCUGAGUCAGGAGAACGAGACUGCUCUGAGCGUCGCAUUUGGAACGAAAUCUACCGGGAAUAUCGCGAAAGGCAACAGGUCCAGAAUCGCCAUCUUUUCCUCAUGGUUGUCGUCGAACAAAAACAUUGGGUUCAUCGAGGAUCACGUAGACCCUGA